AUGCAUCUUGCAUCUGUACUUGGUGCCCUCUCCCUGACAGGCCACGCGCUCGCCGUGCCGACUCUCAGAGAACGUCAAGCGUCUGGCGCUCUAAACGCCGUGUACUGGGGCCAGAACGGCGGCGGGACCGUCGAGAACAACGACCUCGCCUCCUACUGCCAGCCGGACUCGGGCAUCGACGUCCUGGUCCUGGCUUUCCUGUACCAGUACGGCAACGGCGGCGACAUACCGUCCGGGACGUUCGGCCAGUCCUGCUACGUCAGCACCUCGGGCGAGGGCCAGAACUGCGAGGCCCUCACCGCGGCCAUCGCGACCUGCCGGGCCGCGGGCGUCAAGAUCGUCAUCUCCCUGGGCGGGGCGACGAGCUCCUACUCGCUGCAGUCGCAGGCACAGGCCGAGUCCAUUGGGCAGUACCUGUGGGACGCGUACGGGCCCGUCGCGAGUUCCUCCGCGAAGAACACGUCUGUGCAGCGGCCGUUUGGUGACAACGCCGUCGACGGCUGGGACUUUGACAUCGAGGUCAACGCGGGCAGCCAGUAUUACCAGUACCUCAUCGCCAAGCUGCGCUCCAACUUCCCGUCCGGCUCGUCUUACAUGAUCACCGGCGCGCCGCAGUGUCCCAUCCCGGAGCCAAACAUGGGCGAAAUCAUCUCCACGUCGCAGUUCUCCCAUCUGUUUGUUCAGUUCUACAACAACAACAACUACACGGUGCCAUGCGCGCUGCCCAUCAACGGCAACGCGCCCUUCAACUACAACAACUGGACGGCCUUUAUUGCGGGGACGCCGUCAAAGGACGCCAAGAUACUCAUCGGCGUCCCUGCGUCGGAGAAUGCGGCGAAUGGAACGCCCGCUGGGGCGACGUACUACGCGACGCCGCAGCAGCUGGCUGAGAUUGUCAACGAUUACAAGUCGGACGCGCACUUUGGGGGCAUCAUGAUGUGGUCUGCCGGAUUCAGCGACUCGAAUAUCAACAAUGGGUGCACCUACGCCCAGGAAGCAAAGAGUAUCUUGACAAAGGGUAGUCCGUGCUAA